AUGGCAUCGCCAAGUUGGCCGUUGACGCUGUUCGGCACUUUGGCUCUCGCUGCGACUCUUGGAAAGGCAGACAAUACGGACGUCUUCAAUUUCGCCAUCAAUCUUGAAUGCCUGGAGGGCCAAUUCUACAGCUAUGCAGCGUUUGGUCAGUACCCAAACACAUCCCUGCUCGCUGGAGGGCCCCUUGCCACGGGAGGGCAGAAGGCGAGACUUAGCCCUGCUGUGCAGACAAUCGCAGCUGAGUUCGCCAGGGAUGAGGUUGCUCAUCUGGCGUUUCUGAGGAAGGCAGCAGGCGCUGCGGCAGUGCCCUGCCCCCAAAUUGACAUCGGUGGUUCCUUCAACGCCGUCAUCAAGGCUGCGCUGGGUAGCAGGGCCGGGGACAACGUCUUCUCCCCCUACACCAACGAUGUCAACUUCCUGCUGAGUGCAUUCCUAUUUGAGGACGUCGGCGCGACGGCGUUUGCCGGGGCCAUCCCGGUGCUGACGGGGCCGGUCGCGACGGGCGCAGCCGCCGGCAUCCUGGGAGUGGAGGCAUACCACGGCGGUCUGCUGCGGCAGUGGCUCUUUAACAACGGUGACCUCAUCGUGCAGCCCUACGGCAUCCAGAUCGUCAGCUUUGUGCAGGCGCUGUCAGACCUGCGAGCCAAGGUGGGCGGGGGCAAGGACGAGGGCAUCACAAUCCCAUCAGCCACCGCCUCAAUCUACGGGCCCAACGUCCUCAAUUUCUUCCAGGCAAACAUCGUGCCCGCAGACAUCGACGCGAAGAUCUUCGCGCGCACUCCCCAGGAGGUGCUUGCCAUUGCGUACGGCGGCGAUGCCACCAAGCCGGGUGCCUUCUUCCCAAGUGGCCUCAACGGCAGCAUCAGAUAG